AUGCACCAGGACCCCCCUCCCUCCCCCUCUCUCACCCUUCCUCCCCCUCCUUCCCCCUCUCUCACCCUUCCUCCCCCUCUCUCAUCCCUCUCCAGCCUCUCUCACCCCUCCCUCCCCUUCCCUCCCUCCCCUUCCCUCCCCCUCUCUCACCCCUCCCUCCCUCCCCUUCCCUCCCCCUCCCUCCCACCCCUUCCCUCCCCCUCUCUCACCCCUCCCUCCCCAUUCCUCCCCCUCUCUCAGCCUUCCCUCCCUCCCCUUCCCUCCCCCUCCCUCCCCCUCUCUCACCCCUUCCUCCCCCUCUCUCAUCCCUCUCCAGCCUCUCUCACCCUUCCCUCCCCCUCCCUCCCCCUCUCUCACCCCUUCCUCCCCCUCUCUCAUCCCUCUCCAGCCUCUCUCACCCUUCCCUCCCCCUCCCUCCCCUUCCCUCCCCCUCCCUCCCUCCCCUUCCCUCCCCCUCUCUCACCCCUCCCUCCCCCUCCCUCCCUCCCACCCCUUCCCUCCCCCUUUCUCACCCCUCCCUCCCCCCACGCUCUGGAGAACACAACGCACUAA